GUAGACGCGCACCCACCUCCAUCCCUCCCAUCGGCAUCCCGGACUUCUCCCAGGAGCUCCGGGGCUUCCAGGCUAUCACCUACUACCAGGCCAUCAUCAACAACUCGCUCGUUGACCUCUACGUCCAGUGCGGCACGGUGGAGUUCGCACGCCAUGCGUUUGACCGGAUGCCGGAGCGGCACCUUGCGUCCUGGAACGCCAUGGCCCUCGCGCUCGCCAACCAUGGCCGCGGCAAGGACUCGCUCGAUUUGUUCAACCGGAUGACGCGGGUGGAGAAUGUGGUGCCAAAUGCCAUCACGUUCGUCGCGGGGUUCAGCGCCUGCAACCACGGUGGACUGGCCAUGGCGGCGAUGGGCGCGACCGCUUCGCCACUCCCUUCCCUAUUCCCCACAGGGCAGCGACACACUCUACUCAAGCAUCGCCUUCACCCGCAGCCUCGGGGACCUCGCCGCCGAGGCCGUCAGGGUCAUCGUCGAGCCGAGCUAUGGGUGCACGUUGGGGACGACGACUCGGACCACUACUGCUGGCAGCAGCAUGUGGACAUGACCACGUCACGACGAGCGUCCGAGGUUGACGCGGACCACCCGGGCUCCGAGGUCGCAGCCGUCAUGGCUGCCGCGACCGCCGUGUUCCACUGGGCCGGGGACGCGCACUACGCGCACCUACUGCUCCACCAUGCGCAGCAGCUAUUCGACUUCGCCAACACCUACCGGGGACGCUACGACGCCGCGCUGCAGGUGCUCGGUCUACACCCCGACCACGGGCUCGUUAACUCCUUCCACGCCAUCAGGCUGCUGCUCUCCACCGAGUAUUACAUCUCCACGAUGCUCACCUAUGUGGCCCGUGUCAGCCUCAUGGUGACGGUGGCAAGCCAACCUGCAUCUAUUUCAAUUGAUGCUCAAGGGAUGUUUGAUGAAAUGCAGCAAAGUGAUACCUCUGUUGCCAUCGCACAUACUGCCUUCAACAGUUUCUUCAACACGGAGGAGCUAGAUAGGUGGCUAGAAAGCUGCGAUGAACAGGGUGAAUUAGUUGGAGUCAACAAGAUCCAUGUGAAGCCUCAGUUCUUUGAUGUGGGCAAGGACUGUAACUGGGCGAGGGGCAUCCGGAGAACCGAGAUCCAGCUCGCUGAUGGCAAGAACUGUGAGCUACAUAGGUGCUGGACAGAUAUCUUGGAUGCUAUAAGCAAGGCUCAACAUUUGAUUUACAUCACUGGCUGGUUGACUAUAUUGGUGAGGGAUGAUAGCAAUUCUGUCGACCUGCUUACGAAGGAGGGCUUGCUGACUACCCAUGAUGUGGAGAUUGCAAAAGGAGAGCAGGAAAUCAUGAAUGAAGUACUUCCAGCAGAGAGCCGGUCAUCUCGGUUUGGUGUGGCUAUGGAUCUUGCAGACAUAUGGCCUUGCUAUGAAUCCAAACCAUCUGAUGCGCAAGGCUAUGCUAUCAAAGGGAUACCAAAUCUCAGAAACACAUGCUAUCGGAGUGCAGUAUUGCAGUGCCUGUUGAUGCUCGGUAAGCUGCUAGAAAGGAUACUACCAUCGACAUGGUUAGCCAUCCAAGGGUGCUCACGAACUGGUAUAGCCAUCCAAGGAUACUACCAUCAGUUCUCUUAUUUUAUCCAUAAGCUAUUUUCAGUUGAGCUGGUAUAGCACCCGAUAGGGCGCUGCCUUUUCUAGUACAUUUCAAACCAGAUCACAUCUGUGCACGUGAAGCCGACGACAGUUCACAAAAAGUGAAUAUGGCUACAUACAUGCUUGAUUGUGAAUC